AUGUCAGACAGCCUCAUUUUGAAAGCGAUCGUCUUUGUGAGCUUCCUCGCAUUCUCACUCUGUCAGAAUGCAACGACAUUCAAUUACGGAUUCCUUCUUCCAAGCGGCACUAGAAUAAUCCACGGCGAAGGAAGUUUCGUCAAGGAUGCCUACCCUCCAGAACUACAUAUCCCAGCCACACUUCGCAUCCUGAAUCCAGGUCAUACGAUUGACCCAACGACACCAAGCUGGUCUGGCUCUUUGGGCAUCGUCGAGUUCAACACCACUGUCCGAAUGCCACGGCACGUUCACCUUGCCGCCAAGAAGCACGGUCCCGGCCAACGUCUCGUUGCAGAGAGAAUCACAGUCCUUAACGGCGUUGCAGUCACCGAACAAGCAGGCAAAUUGUUCGUUAUCCCACCGAACAGUAUGGUUAUUGCAGCUGCAGGUGUUCCACACGCCUGGACUGCAGCUCCUCCAGGUAUUGACUUCCAAGCACUUGGAAUCUCGGGCAGCGAGAAGUUGGUUUCAACGGGGAAAUUCACGGCUAUAUUUGAGUAUGAGGAUAAUACUGGGUUCUAUGCGACAGCUCAGACGGAGGUUAUCAAGAGGGCCGAGGAUUAUGUGCAGGCUACGGAUUUGCAGAGUAUUCGGAUUCCAGAGUUGUCGAUUGAGCAGUUGAAGAGGAAAGGUUCUUGGGUGUGGGGAAGGGAAGCAAAGAGGUUUUAA